UACGAUUAGUUUUGCAAUUUUGUUGUAGAUACAUGUUGUUUACCUGUGUCCGUAGGGGUAAAUUUACCUUUUCAAAUGGCUUCCGGUGUGAAUGUAGACAAAAUAAUAAUGAAACUGACUUCGAAGGAAGUCAGAGAAAGUAAAAAAACCAAAAUGAUAUCACUACAUGAAUCGGACAUAAAGGCUCUCUGUAUGAAAGCCAUGAGCGUAUUCUUGGCUCAACCAAUGUUACUGGAAUUGGAAGCUCCGAUAAAAGUUUGCGGUGAUAUUCAUGGUCAGUUUCAGGAUUUACUAAAACUGUUCGGAUUCGGAGGAUUUCCUCCCGAAGCGAACUACCUGUUUCUGGGCGAUUAUGUUGACAGGGGGAAACAGUCCAUAGAAACGAUAUGCUUGCUACUCGCGUACAAAAUUAAGUAUCCCGAAAAUUUCUUCCUUCUUCGAGGAAACCAUGAAGUUGCAUCCGUUUGUAAAAUUUACGGAUUCUUCGAUGAAUGUAAAAGGAGAUACAACACUAAAUUAUUCAAAACAUUCACCGAUGUUUUUAACACUUUGCCUGUAGCAGCCAUCAUAGAUGAUAAGAUAUUUUGCUGCCAUGGCGGGCUAAGUCCGGAUCUGUUGCAUAUAGGACAAAUCAGGAACAUAGACAGGCCGACAGACAUUCCAGUACAAGGUUUACUUUGUGAUUUGUUAUGGUCAGACCCAAGCCCUUCUUUGGGAUGGACGGAAAAUGACAGAGGUGUGUCAUUUUCUUUUGGUCCAGAUGUUAUAUCGAAAUUUUUGCACAAGCAUGACUUUGAUCUAAUAUGCAGAGGACACCAGGUGGUAGAGGAUGGUUACGAAUUCUUUGCCCAAAGAAAACUGAUAACCAUCUUCUCAGCCCCAAAUUAUUGCGGGACUUUCGACAACGCGGGAGCACUUAUGUCAAUCAAUGAAGACUUGCUCUGCUCAUUUCAGAUCUUAACGCCUCCAAAGAAAUGACCAAUUGAAUAUGUGUGAUGUUAAUGUUAAUAAAUUAAUUAUUAUUUAUGCUUUUUAAUGAGA